CAGACACACACACAGGCAGAGAGAGAGAGAAUGAGCUAGAGUGCACACAGACACACACACACACAGAGACACACACAGAGACACACACAGGCAGAGAGAGAGAGAAGGGGAAAGAUACAAAAACAAAGUUUGACAUCUCUUAAUGGGCGAACCGAGUCGGUGCGCGGCGCACAACGUGGCGGGCUGCUGCUGCUGCUGCGGCUUCACCGCCUCCUCUUCCUCCUCCUCCACCACCACCAUCAUCACCACCACCACCACCACAGCUCGGCCGACACAGCGAUCAUCAUCACCAUCAUCACCGUCGUCGGCCCCGUGUCCCUCAAGAUGGCGGAGAGAGAAGGAUCGAUGCUCCAAUAUUGGAAGAAAUUUGAUCUACAGCGGCUGCAGAGAGAACUUAGCGCCACGGCAACGGAACUGGCCAAUCGGCAAGAGGCGAGCGAACAGUCCCGAAAGCGGCUCAUAGAACAGAGCCGGGAAUUCAAGCGGAGCGCACCCGAGGACCUGAAGAGGCUGGUGGCCCCACUGCUGAAGAGUUUCCAGGCCGAGAUCGAUUCCCUGCUGUGGAGAAGUAAGGAGGCGGAAGCGGCUUUCCUCGGCCUCUACAAGAGGGUGGCAGACGCUCCAGCAGACCCCGCGGUGCAGCUGGAGCGCCUGGAGGAGACGCUGGAGCGGCUGCAAGACGUGGAGGCCGAGAGCCAAGUCCUGCGCGACGCCCUGGAGAGGGAGGCCGACCACCAGCGGCAGGAUGAGCACAGCGAACGAAAACUGCGAGACUCUCAGGUUGAGCUUUCGGCCAAGGUGGCAGACGCGGAACGCCGGGUUCAGGACCUCCACGCAGCCGUGGAGAGGACACGGGACGAGGUGGCGGCACUGAAGAGCAAGCGCUUGGAUCGUGUCGCCGUCAAUGGGAACAGCGCCGAGCAGCCCGACUGCGCGGAGACAGACGACUCGCGGCAGCAGGAGGACGCCGAGCGGAUGGAGGAGGGCAGGGGGACGGAAGAACUGGAGGAGGAAGAAGAGGAGGAGGAAGAGGAGGAGGGAGCAAUGCACGAAGAGCCUUCCCGCCCGGGAGGGCAGCCGGCCGGGCCUGCCCCCUCGACCUCGCGGAACCUGGAGAUGGAGGUGCUGAAGAAGGAAGGCGAGAUCUCGUGGCUCAUGGGCGAGAUACGGCGCCUUCAGGCGGCGCUCGUCAAGCUGCGCGAGACCUCGACCGCUCAGAUCCUGCAGAUGGAGGCGCAGCUGCAGGAGAGGAACCGUCGCAUCCAGAAACUGGAGGAAAAGCUCCAAGGCCGGACAAACUGUGAAAUAAAGUCUGAAGUCAAUACGAUGGAGACUGAUGGGUUGGCGACGUCGGGGAUCACGGUAUCACGGGUCGUGAGCCGACCCCUUGACGACCUCUUCCGGAUACAGAAGGUGCGCGCCCCGGUGAUGGCGAGCGAGCCUUCGCACAUCCUCGACGGCGACACCCGAGGUUCGUUCGGCCGGGAAGAGAACGGCUCCGUCGGGAGCCGCUGCCCCUCGGAACUGUCGAGCUGCGUGACGCCGCAGCCCGGCCACGCGAGCGGCGAGGCCGAGACGCCGCUCUACCCGCAGCCCGCGGCCGCGCUGGGCCUCGCCGCCGGCCUGGGCCUCGGCCUGGGCCUGAGCCCCGACCUCGUGCCGUCCCUCUUCCCCGGCUCGGCGCAGCAGCUGCCGAUUUCCGCCGGCGGCGGCGGCGGUAUCGGCGGCGGCGGUUCGUCGGCUGCCGGUUCGGCAGUCGCGGCGGCGGCGGCGGUUCGAUCGCUCGGGACGUUCUUCCCCGUGCAGCUCCUGCAUUCCAUGUACGCUGCCAAGGCCGCGCAGGAGGCCAGCUCGGGAGCACCGGGCGGCGGCAGCGGCACGAGCGGCGGCGGCGGCGGCAUCGGCUCAUCGUCCGCAGCCACGGUGGCCACGUCUAGCCUGCUCUACCACCAGCCGGGCCUGUACGCGCCGCCGAGCGCGUCCCCGCCGGCCGUGCUCUCCCCUGGCGCCGCCAGGCCCGGCUCGGCACGGAGCGGCUCGUCGCCGCCGCCGCCGCCCCCGCUACCGCCGCCCGCGGUGAUGUCACCGGGGCUCCUGCGCAACGGCGUCGCGGCGGGGCAGGCCGAGUGCGCGUCGGGCGCUAGCAGCAGCAGCGGCGGCGGUGGCAGCGCGGGGCUUGCGGGAGAACUGGACGAGCCGGACGUGGACACGACGGAGCUGGCGCGCCAGGUGAAGGAGCAGCUGCUGAAGCACAACAUCGGGCAGCGCGUCUUCGGACACUACGUGCUGGGCCUCUCGCAGGGCUCCGUGAGCGAGAUCCUGGCUCGACCCAAGCCCUGGUCGAAGCUCACGGUGAAGGGCAAGGAGCCCUUCCUCAAGAUGAAGCAGUUCCUCUCGGACGAGCAGAACGUGCUGGCGCUGCGCGCCAUCCAGGUCAAGCAGAGAGGCAGCAUCACCCCGAGAAUCAAGACGCCCGAGAGCGGCUCCGAUGAGGCCAUCAAGAGCAUCCUGGAACAGGCGAAGAAGGAGAUCCAGGCCCAGAAAGGUUGGAGAGACGAUCGCGGUGACAAAGACAAACGCCCGCCGCGUAGCCGUUCCGGACUGUCGGUGGAGCAGAACCCGACUCCGUCUCCGGUGCCGGAGCAGGGCGGCUCGGACGAGACGAUCCGCGCGCUGCUCGAGCAGGCUCGCCGCGAGAUGGAGGCCCAGCAGGCCGCCAUGAUGAGGGCAGAGGUCGUCGCCGGGGGCGACCCCGCCUCCUCCUCCUCCGCCGCCGCAGCCGCCACCGCGUCGUCGACGCUCGCGAUGUCGUCGUCCUCCUCGUCCUCGUCCUCCUCUGCCUCGUCCGUGUCGGCCUCGUCACUGGCCGACCCCUUCCUGCACUCGCCGCCACAGCACCAGCAGCAACAGGCGCAGCUGCUGGCCUACGGGCAGCAGGUGAUAGCGCGCGGCGGCGGCAGUGGUGGCGGCGGUGCGGACAGCGACGCGCUGCUUGUGCGCGUGAAGCGGGAAGGGCGGCAGACGCCGUCGCUGCAGCUGCAGCAGCAGCAGCAGAGCAUCGUGCCCACGUCUCAGUCGCAUGCCGAGUUCGUGCAGAGCAUCAUCCAGAGGGUGAAGACGGAGCUGGAGGACGGCCGCUCGCAGGGCGGCGGCGGCGGCGGCGGCGGCGGUGUCAUUCCCGGCAUCACCGGUGGCGGCAAAUACCGGACGUCUUCGUCCUCCUCGUCCUCGUCCUCAUACUUCAACUCGUCGGCGUCGCCGCUGUCCGUCUACCGGAGGGACGCGUACCGCUUCUACCCGUCGGCUGGGCCCGAGCCUCUGGUGCCGCCCCCGCCGCCGCACCACCACCACCACCAUCACCACCACCACCACCCGCACCAUCCGCACCACCACCAUCACCACCACCCGCACCAGCAGCAGCCCCAGCAGCAGCAACAGAGCCCGCAGCAGCAGCAGCAGCAGAGGCACCGGCUCAAGGGGCCGGCGGCGGGCGAGGCGACGCAGGACUCUCCGCAGCAGCAGCAGCAGCAGGUGGUGCACGCAGUGGCGGCCGCGGCGGCGAUGGCGCCGGCAAUCGUCUCGAGCCACAGCCUCGGGGCCGACGCGUCGGGCGGCUCAGAGCCGCCCUCCCCGUCUCCGUCGGCGCCGCCGGCCGGCGCGAACGCGCCAUCCCAGUCGCCGCUUGUGGUGCCGGGCAAGCCGCCGCGGCCGUGCAUCCCCCCGCUGACGCCCGAGCAGUACGAGGCGUACAUGUACCGCGAGGUGGACACGGCGGAGCUCACGCGCCUCGUCAAGGAGAAGCUCACCAAGAACGGCAUCUGCCAGCGCAUCUUCGGCGAGAAGGUGCUGGGUCUCUCUCAGGGCAGCGUGAGCGACAUGCUGUCUCGCCCGAAGCCCUGGGGGAAGCUGACGCAGAAGGGACGGGAGCCGUUCAUCCGCAUGCAGUUGUGGCUUCACAACGAGCUGGGCUCAAGCACAAACUCACAAGCCUCCCCGGCCAGCCAAGGAGACCCCAGCGGUGACAUGGACGGGUGCAGCCCUUCCCCAUCGCCGGUACCCAGCCCCGGCGAGUCGGUGCGCAGCCUCCCAGACCCCAUCGUCCCGGCAACGGAGCCUAUCUCCACGGCGACGGACAGCGCCACGCUCCCGGGCCGUGACGGUGGCGGUGGCGGCGGGCACGACGAGCAGCACGUCGGGCAGCCCCGGGGGCCUUCCUUCGGCCAAUCGGCUCUCAGCAUCCAGGAGCUGGUGGCGAUCUCGCCAGAGUUGGACACGUACGCCAUUACCAAGAAGGUCAAGGAGGUGCUGACAGACAACAACCUCGGGCAGCGGCUGUUUGGCGAGAGCGUGCUGGGCCUGACGCAGGGCUCCGUGUCAGACCUGCUCGCCAGGCCCAAGCCCUGGCAUAAGCUGAGCCUGAAGGGCCGCGAGCCGUUUGUGCGCAUGCAGCUGUGGCUCAACGACCCGCACAGCGUGGAGCGGCUGCGGGACAUGAAGCGCCUGGAGAAGAAAGCCUCCCUCAAGCGGCGCAGCGUGGGCGCGAUGGACGUCGACGGCGCCCUGGUGCCGCCCCUGAGCCCCGCGCCGUCCGCCGGGAGCCCCGCGCCGUCGCUCGUCGGCUCGAUCGGCGGCGGCGGCGGCAGCAGCAGCGGCGGCGGCGGCGGCGGCUGUGGCGGUGGCGGCGUCGUGGCUAAGAAGCCGCGUGUGGUGCUGGCGCCCGAGGAGAAGGAGGCGUUGAAGCGGGCCUACGAGCAGGAGCCGUACCCGUCGCAGCAGACCAUCGAGGUGCUGGCGGCCCAGCUGCGUCUCCGCACCAGCACCGUCAUCAACUGGUUCCACAACUACAGGUCCCGCAUUCGCCGCGAGCUCUUCAUCGAGGAGAUCCAGCAGGCGAGCCCAGGCCAGGAGCCCUCGUCAGCGUCGGGCAGCACGCGGGACGGCCCCGGCGAGGGAGAGGCCCCCAAUCCCAGCAGGCCACAGAGCAGCCAGGGCCCUGAGUCGGAGAACGAGAGCGAGUCGUCAGGCGGCCGAUGCCAGAGCGUGCUGUCGUUCAGCAUAUACGCGUCCACCACGCGGGGGCCCAUCAUUAAGCAGGAAGUGUCCGAGGAAGAUGGAGUGGCGCAGCAACAGCAGCAGCAGCAACAGCAGCCACCUCAGCAGCCACCGUCAUUGUGCUUUUCAGUCGACAGAAUCGCUGGGGCGAGUCCCGUACUCCCACAGCUGUUUCAGCCGCAGCAGCAGCAUCAACUUCAGGUGGGCGACGAAGCGAAAGGCCAGUCGGUAGAAAGGUCAAGUACUUUCUUCAGUGAGCUUCUGAUGGCACGGGCGAACAACGCGGCUCUGCUCAUGCACAGCCCCGAGAUCGCCCACGCCUCCGCCAAGGCUGUCGUUCCGUUUGGCAAUCCGGUCUCGUCGUCGUCUUCGUCGCCUUCGUCUGCGUCCUCACCAAAGCUGGAGGUAGGCGAGCUGGCCGCGAAGGAGGCUGCCGGCGGGAGCCGCUCCUUAUCGCCGCCGCUGCCGCCGUUGCCACCGCUGCCACCACUACCACCACAAUCUUCGACACCUGGGGCAACGGGAGAUCGAGCGGGAACACCCGGGGCGGCUCCCAAGGCCGGGCCUUCGGGCUCUGGCUCCUCGCAGGGCCUCGCCCUGUCGCCGCCCUUGUCUGUGGCCGUCCAGGGAUCCAGCCCGACCGCGCAGACGCCCGAGAUCGUCAUCGGCAAACCGAGGAAGGAAGGCCGGCGGCUACGGCGAGACGAAGUGAAGGCGGCCAAUCUGAACAGCAUCAUCAACCGACUGGAAAAAGCGGCGAGCAAGGAAGACUCCCCCGACUGGGAAUUUUAACUUUUGUUAUUUUAAAAUGACAAUACUGCGAGGCCCCAGUGUCAGGCUGCGUUAAAAAAAAAACAAUAAACCACCCCUACACAAAAGGAGAAGAGAAGUAAAACUACAAACGAGACAAGCAAGAUGUAAUGUAACAACCGAAGUAACAAAAAUAUAACCGCUGUGGAGAAAACUGCAUACUACCUGAAAGUCAGUCCACCGUUGAUUUGGCGAGGCCACAUCUUCACAGAACGUGUGGUAUAUGGCGUCUGUAGGGUCACUCAUUUUUAUGGAAAAUGCUGUGGUGCACUUAACGUUAUAGUUGUGAGAGACAACAUACUGCAGGAAAUGACUUUGAUCAGGACCUUUGAAUCUUUGAAUUUGUAUUUUUAAACUGCUCCACACACAGGGGUGUGUGGAGUCCCUCUGAACUGGGGUCUUUUGAAGUGUACUGUUGAGAAGCUGGCAUUUAGAAGCACUUAGUCAAUGUAGUUCAACAAUCACUUGUGAAAAGUAACAUGGCCAAGCCAUCUGUAACAUAAAUAAUAACAUUAAUAAUACCAAGGGUAAUCUUAUAGAUACAGAGAAGGCAAACUGCCAAGAAUCUUGUUAGAUUUCUAUCUUUGAAGUGUAAAAAGUUUUUAUGGAUUUAUUUUUCCCCUUUAUUCUCUAAAAGGGCCCAUUGUUGCUUGGCAUCAGGUUUGGUCACAAUGCCACUCGCGUACAGAGGAGGCAUUUCCUUUCCUUCCUUUUGUUAGUAUUUAUUUUAUUUUUGAAGUUACGCAUCAUUGAACUAACACCACGAGAUAUUGUUUUAGUGCCUGUUUUUCUCACCCCACCUCUCCCCGUCUCCUCACAAGCACUUACCACUUAUAGCACGUAAAUCGCUAUUGCGUAGGAAUUAAUACUGUACGUUAAACUAUAAAGAGUUUGAAUGAGAGAGGUGCUUUUUUAUGCCUUGCGCUCAAGACAUAAUAAAGCUUAGGUUUUAAGCGCUAGUCAAACUGGCCACACGCCAAUGCCCUCAGUGCCCUGUGUGCUUUGCUGGAUUCCAAUCGGGCCUAAGUUAGGCUUAAAGCCUGGCGCAAGAAGUGGAAUUUGGAAGAAGACAAUUUGGCCUAGAGCGAUUAUUUAAAUUAACGCACCGUAAAAAAUAAAAUACCGUAAAAAGAUAGAGAGAGAGAGAGAAGCGUCACUGUCAUUCCUCAGGUCUACAGUGUCUCAAACAAACGUUUAGAAAUCUACUGUAUUUUUGAAGACGUCGUCUCAGUCAAAGGGUGUACGAAGCUUGAGAUGAGGAGUUAUUCUCUGGGAUCUUCAUUUGGACUGAUUAUUAUUUUUCUCUCUCUUCAUUUUUAGCAGCUGUAUCUGAGCAGACUCCAGCGAGAAAAUGUUUUAAAGCAUCAGCCGAUGAGAUUUUUAAGAAGUCCGAAGGAAAAAUGAAGCCACCAGGAAAAUGCACUGUGCAGGAAGAGUGGACUCUAAAAAAAUGAAGAAAAAUGAGAAUAGUGAUAAUGCUAAUAAUAAAAUGUGUAAAAAAAUAGUAAAAAAAACAUUUUAAAAAUGACAAAAAAUUAAUUCAGAAACUGGAUUUUUAAAUGCCAGGUUUAAAUGUUUCUGUUAAAACAGAUCUCCCUCUGCGUGUUUUUAAAACAUAGUGCGGGGAUUCUUUUUUUCUUAUAAUUGUACAUUUGUUUAAUGUGAACAAGACACUAAUGUGCAAUCGCGUGCAAGCGAGCGAGAGAGCGAGAGAGAAAUACAACAGAGAAAAAAAAAUCACCCGCUGAGGGUUUAUCAAAAGUUUCACUGUAUCGGGCGUGAGAGGCGGUUGGGGCAGGAGGGAAUUACAACAAAAAAAACUACGCUCCCGGUCUCCUCUUGGAUGAAAGCGGGGAGCUUUUGUACUCCGAGAAGCACGGACACACGCCACGGCCACUGGCAACCUGAAAGCACUUAAAUGUCCUAACACUCCUUUACGUGCAUUCUGGAUCUCACCACAACAACAGCAGCAAACCGUGUCUGCUGCCAGGCCUAAAAUCACUUGCCCUGGAGGAGGCACCGCAUACUUUUUAGAAGUCCACACGAUCUGUCUGUGAAGUUUUUUUUUUGCCCUUAUUUUCCUCGUUAUCCUCUUGCGUUAUCAUUCUUUAUAAGUGUACGUCCUUGUUUUUAAAAAAAAAAAGCGACUCGGUUAUUUGAAAGCCUCGUGUUACUGCUGACAAUAAUAACGAUAACUAAGACAACAACAACAACGACGACGAUGAUGAUGAUAGUGCAUCACCUCAGGCCUGAUUUGAAAAUAGCAAGAGAGUUGACAAACAAGAGAGCAUAGAAUGUCCCUUUACCUCAUGGUGUGUGUUUGCGCUGGUCUGUUGCGUACGUAUGGUUUUUAUUCUAUGUAUGUAGCAGUUGCCCUCACUGCCGUUUGUUUUGCUGUCGACACGUUCGGUUUGGCUCAGCCUCACACGCUCCGCAUGCCUCUUACCCCCCCCUUCUCUUUGUCCGUUUGCAUCGAGCACUCGAUACGCCACGCCAGGCGGACGUCGGUACCAGACCUGGGGAGAGGGGGGGGGGGCCAUUGCCCUUGGCCCCAUCGUCGCUUAUCUCUCCACAUUCGCCCCCCCCCCCCCUUCAACGUCUCUUCCAAAAGAAUGUAAACUCUCGCACAUGCCGGAGAAGUCCUGCCACGUUGCAUCGAUUCUGAAACCGAACCGAGCGAAGAAGGGUGCUGCCGUUGACCCGAGACCGUUUUAUUUUUUACUUUAUUUUUUGUUAAACCGGAAAAAAAUGUUAUUGGCUUCACGUACAAAUUUUGGGACCUUCCUGGAAGUCUUGAAGCGAAGGUGGGACCCGUAGGUGCGCUGUUAGCAGGGCACUCUGUGGUUGGGAAAGGGAAGUGAAAUAGGGCUACCCCCCAUCCCUCCCUCAUAAUGUCCCUCUUCUAAUGUAACCUGGCACCCGGGCCCAGCGGGCCCACGGGCCCAAGUGCGGUUAACUACGCCACUGUCUUGAAGGCUCUACGAAUUGUCUCCCGUGGAAGGAUUCCAAAAGAAGAGUGCUUUCACGACUUUAUUUGUUUUCCCAUCCCGAGUUGAGCAAAAAAUGAACACGAUGACAUGCCUCAACCGCUCACUAGCGUGCUGGCGGUGUCAGUGGUUCGCAUGCUUCCUUUUUGCAAGUCCUGCGCACAAAGUUAAAGCCUUUUUAUUAUCACUUGAACCUUUGUAACAAAAUUUUGCCGGGGUCUUUUGUUCUUAGAACCAUUGUUUUGUACACAAUGUAGUAGAGAUGGUAGGAAUGUCGCUGGAUUUCCAGCCCAAUCGUUUAUUCGUGCAACUUGGCAGGAUUCGUCUGCUUAACAUUUAUGUACACAGCGCAACGCGCACAGAACCGUACGCUAAACUGGUCCCAACAUUUUAAAAUUAAUUUUUAAUUUUUUUAAUGUGCUGGAUUUUCUCGCCAUGUGUCAUGCGUGCACUCAAAUGCCAGCCCCACUCCCCCCCCCCCCUCUGGACCUUUCCUUGUGCCCUCAGUGAGUAUCUGUCACCACAUGUACAACUUGCACUGUGUUAUUUCAGUUUAUUUUUCAAUUUUUUCUGCGUUAUGAGUUUUUUUGUAUUCUGUAUAUUUAUGUAACCACGGAUAUUUCCUCCUCAAUUGUCUGACUCCCCACAGCCCAGGGUGACUUUUGCAGCAUGACCCCGGUAGAGGUCAAAGGUCAUAACAGAGUCGUCCUUUCCUUCCUCAUGUUGUCACUGUUACGCUGCCGGGUACUGUUACAGUUCUGGUUAACAAAACUAUUACAAUAACUAUACCUUUACAAGAAUAUUUUAGGUUUUGUACAUUGUAAUACACUGUGCAGUGACUGCUUCCCCUGCUGUUACUUUUCGGACAUUUAUAAAACUGUUAUUAUUUAGUCCAAUCCAUGAAGGCAUCUUAUCUCACACUGUAUUGUAUACCUCCGAAAGCACAAUAGUCGUAGCCUAUAGAUAACUUAUAGAGAUUAAACAAAAAGAAAAAAAAACAAACCCGA